AUGGCCAACCUAUCCUACGGUCGCGGCGGAGCAGGCAAUAGGGCACCUGCCUCGCCUAACCUCCAGCCACAAGAUCUCAAGACGCCGACCAUCAAGUCUCAGACAUACACCACCGGCAGAGGAGGUCAGGGCAACAUGCAACCCAACAUACAUCCAGACAUCACCCGCCAGACACAAGACGUCGACGCCCACCCGCGCGCCGGUCGCGAACCCGAGAAGAACUUCCAAUGGGGCAGAGGCGGUGCGGGCAACACAGCUUCCUUGAGCAAGGACCAGAUCGUCGACAUCCAGGAGAGAAACGCUUCCAGACAGCGCGCCGAGGCCGCCGCUGCAGCUGCCAACCCUCCAGCCUCUGGCGAGUCCAUGGAUCAAAAGCCCAAGAAGGAGACCAGGACCGGAGCUGUCGGCCACAUGCUGCAGCGUGUCAUGAGCAAUGCGAGCGGCAAGAACCAGUAG